AUGCAGUCUAAACAAAUUUUUAACGAUUUUCCAAAAAUUAGUUUAAACCUUAGAAAUUCGACAUUAAGUGCUGUUAAGGCCUUGCAUGUUGUUGCAUACGGUGAUAAAGGGUUACCGCGACAAACAAGGAAGAACUUGCGGAAUUUCACAAAAUUUUCGUGGGAUAAAGAAUCCGAGAAAUAUUCCAGAAAAAUAGAAGACGUGAAAAAUAAACUAAGUAUGCCGGAGUUAGUAGGAGUUUGCCACGUUUUAGUUCUGAACUACACUGGUUCAGAGGACGAUGUGAUUGAACGUAUUUGUUCAUUUUUGAACGACUUCAAUCUUGAAGACGAGACUGACGAUGAAGACGAAGACUCUAGCGACGAUGACGGUGAUAAAGACGUUUAUCACAAGGAAAACGGUAAAGACGUUACCGAAGACGAUGGCAAUAAUGAGGAUAACGACGUUAGUAGUGAUAAAGACGCUUAUCACGAAGACGAAGAAGAAGGUAAAGACGUUACCGAAGACGAUGGCGAUAAUGAGGAUAACGACGUUAAUAGUGGUAAAGACGCUUAUCACGAAGACGAAGAAGAAGGUAAAGACGUUACCGACGACGAUGGCGAUAAUGAGGAUAACGACGUUAAUAGUGAUAAGGACGCUUAUCACGAAGACGAAGAAGAAGGUCAAGACGUUACCGACGAUGAUAGUAAUCAUGAUGACAAUAGGGAAGAUAAAAGAACGACCGAUUUAUUUACGAGGAAUAGAUCAAAAUCAAACAAAAUGACGACAGGCAGACUGAAUGAUUCAUUUGCCUUAACUUUUAGAGACGUAGAGGACAGUAUAAACAAGAUCGCUGAUUUUGAAGAAAUUUCCAAUCUGAUGAGAUGA